AUGGUCUCGGCAGCCUCUCCUUCCCGAACAAAGGACCUCUCCUCCCACCUCCAUUUCCUCGAUGAGAAGACCUGCGUCGUGAACGGUGAUGGUGGCCACUCCGAUGACUCCUUGCGUUCGAUGUUAUUAGCUCCUAAUCGGAGGGAGCGGAUCAGCGAGCGGCUGCGGACGCUGCAGGAGCUGGUGCCCAACGGCACCAAGGUCGACCUGGUCACCAUGCUCGAGAAGGCCAUCAGCUACGUCAAGUUCCUCCAGUUGCAAGUCAAGGUCCUUGCAACAGACGAGUUCUGGCCGGCGCAGGGAGGAAAGGCGCCGGAGAUCUCCCAGGUGAGGGAGGCGCUCGACGUCAUCUUGUCGUCGGCGUCGCAGAGGGGGCAGCUGAACUAG